GAGAAACAAUUAGUUCACAUAUGGUAGUAGAGGAAGAGAAGAGAGUUAGUAGCUCCUCCUUCUUAAGUUAGAGUUUAUCUUUUUCCAUCUUUUGACUCUUUUACUUGUAUGUGGUUUUGGAAUAAAGGCAAAUACACGUCAACACAUGUCAAUGUUCAACAAGAUCUAAAAGACGUCAAGUACUGGCAGGUGCACACUCUCUUGAAAGGAUUGGAAAAAAUAGCUGCUAGUGCAGAUAUUCCAAUGUUGGUAUGUGGGGAUUUCAAUUCUGUUCCUGGGAGUGCUCUGCAUGCACUUCUUGCCAUGGGAAAGAUAGACCCAAUGCAUCCAGAUUUAGUGGUAGAUCCUUUUUGGAUUUUUCGUCCUCAUAGCAAGUUGGCACAUCAGCUGCCACUAAUUAGUGCCUACUCAUCCCUUGCAAGGGUGGGUGUAGGUCUCAGAUUGGAAUAGCAAAGGAGAAUGGAUCCCUCAACAAAUGAACCCUUAUUCACAAAUUGCACUGGAGAUUUUAUUGGAACUCUAGAUUACAUAUUUUACAUAGCUGAUUCUCUUGCAGUUGAGUCCUUAUUGGAACUCUUGGAUGAGAAUAGCUUAAGGAAAGACACAGCUCUUCUUUCUCCAGAGUGGUCCUUAGAUCAUAUAGCUAUUUUUGCUAAAUUUCGUUGCAUGCUUAGGCUUAGAUGCUGACACUCCAGGUCUGGAGACGCCCUAGAAAUGGGGAAAGAAGAAGCUGAUAAUACAAAUACAUUAUUGCAAAAAGGGUAGAUGAUCCACCCUGUGUUCUUACUCAAAGGAUUGGUGAUAGGAUCCUAGCAAUGAUCUGCUUUGUAUAAUGGCGCCUUUGUUUCAUAAGAAAAUCGUGGUUGUGCCCUUUUUCAACUCCUUUUUCCCUUGCGGAUAGAAAUGUCCAAUGGCUCAGUAUAAUUAGUUAUUGUCUUGAACUCUAGUUAUUUCUGGAAAGUAAAUGGUUAGUGGCAUU